GACACAAAUUUAAAAGUGUGCUACAUAGUAUUGAAAAAUAGAAAACAGAAAAAGAAAAAGGAAAGUAAGAGAGAGACAGAAGAAAGGACGACUUGGAGACUGAGAGGAAGAAGAGGUCUUUGAUUCUUGCGUCCUCGAUUCCAUUCGAUCUUCCUCAAUCCAACUGCUACCCUCGAUUUUGUUUGAUUGAGUAAUCCAUCAUCAGCUGAGUCAAUUUGCAUUUGAUAACUCGUAUUCUGCAAUGGCAAAAGGAAUUGAUAGAGUUGGAGAUAUUCCAGAGAAUAUUAAAAGAUACGAAAGAUCCUUUCCGCCAGAUCACUUUACGAUGGAAAUAAAGCCUUACUCCUUACUAUCAAACCCGCAAGCAAAAAUAUAUGAGUCAAGUGUCUUUGAAGCUGGUGGAUACAAAUGGAGGUUGUCACUUUACCCAAAUGAAACAAUAGAUGGGAAGGGCUAUAUUUCCCUCUACUUGGCAUUAGCAUCUACAAAUCCUUCUACUUCAUUGACGUUAAGAAGUAUUUUUCCUGGAUCUAGGAAGCCGGUCGACGUAUAUGCCACUUUUAGACUGUUUGUAUUUAAUAAUAAAAGUGUGGAGGACAAAUACUUGACCGUCGAAGAUGGUUCUGGAAAAGUAAGGCCAUUUAACGAGUGGAGGACUCAGGAGUGGGGUUUUGCAAAAUUUCUUCCUCGUUCAACAUUCGAAUCUCAGGGAUACCUUUUCAAUGAUUGCUGCACUUUUGGGGCCGAGGUUUUUGUUCAUAAAAACAACAGGAAAAUCUCUAAAGAACCAUUUAUCCUUUGGAAACCUACAAAUCCCAUGCGUGCCGCCCAAUUUAGACUGGAGAGCUUCCAAUCAAAACAUGACCCGGAGUAUUUAUCUCCAGAAUUCACUCUUCAAGGAAGAAAAUGGAAGUUAAGGGUGUGUCCGAGAGGAGAAGGGAAGAAACAGAAGGACAAAUCACUAUCACUUUUCUUACGAUCAACCGAAGAUUUGAAGACUCUUCCGAGUAUUUGUGCAGAAUUCAAGCUUAGGGUAUUGGAUCAAGUCCGCCAUGACAAUAUUGAAAAAACAGUUAGUCAUUGGUUCAGUUCAUCAAACUGCGAACAUGGUUGUCAAAGCUUCAUGCCACUUAAAACUCUUCAGGACUCAUCGAAAGGAUUCAUUCAGGAUGAUGCAUUAUCUGUUGAAGUUGAAAUCCUUGCUAUAUCUGUGGCUAAAGCUCCUGCAACAACAAACAAAACGCCUAUACUAGUGAUCAAGUAAAAUAAGAAAAAUGCUAGGGAGACCGCUUUUAUGUAUCACAUUGGUGUACCAUAUGAUUUGGCAAGUGGUGUAUUCAUAUUAUGUCAAUUAAUGGAUUUAUCUCAUUAGAUGUUA